CGGCGGCCGGCGGGGGAGUUCCGGGCGCGCUGCCGGGAGCGCAGAUCAUAAUUUUGGAGGAUUGCAGCACUGAGAUCUCUGGAGUCUGCUGUGUCUAGCCAUAAUGAGUUUGGUUGCUUAUGAAGAUUCAGACUCUGAGACAGAAGCUGAAAAGACUGAAGCCCCCGAUGCUUCUGGCAGACAAACAAACCAGCUGAGUUCUUCUGUGAGUUGUGUUCAGCACUUUGCACCUGGUAGUACAAAAUCUGCAUAUGAAAUGCACCCUGCUGGGAGCACUGGCAGAUCUGGCAGGAGCAGGGUUUGUGAAGAUCCCCCUGAGCAUUAUGCACAGAAUAACAACACUGACUUGGCAUCUCCCUACUGUCCCAGGAUGUACUCUGGCAAUGCUGCAUUAUCUGUGGCUUACAAAAACUAUGAACAGGCUUCAAGCUCUUCAACAAAUUCUGGAAAUGGCGUUUCCCAGAAGAGAACACAUAAAGACAGCACUACUACCAUAAAAGGAAUUAGACCAUAUAUCCCUAAACGAUUGCGUCAAGAAAAUUCCAUUAAGCCUGAAAAAGAAGAAUCUGACCAGAGAGGUAGCUCAGAUUGUGAUGUUAAGUUUAGUGUAUCAGGAGAGCAGACUUUGAGAAAGAUCUCUGAAUUAAUUAAGCCAUAUUUGGGAUCUAAAUAUAAAGUGACUGAAGUUCCCAAAAGCUUAAUAUUUUACAUGUCUAAACACAGCGGCCCUGUUAAUGAAAUCCAGUGGUGUCCUGUACAGGAACAAAGUCACAUGCUUCUCUCAGCUUCUAUGGACAAAACAGUCAAGGUGUGGGAUGCUGUAGAUACAGGCUGCUGUUUAAAAACCUACUCCUGUCACUCCUGUGCUGUUCGGGCUGCCCGGUGGUCGUCCUGUGGAAGAAGGAUCCUCAGUGGGGGCUUUGAUUCCAUGCUGCAUUUAACAGAUGUAGAAACAGGGAAGCAGAUAUUUAGCAGCAAAACAGAAUUUAGGAUCAGUGCACUGAAGUUCCACCCUACAGAGUCAAAUGUUUUCAUUUGUGGAGGGUUCAGCCCAGAAGUUAAAGCAUGGGAUUUAAGGACUUCUAAGGUGUUGAGAGUGUACAAAGCUGCAGUACAACAGACUUUGGAUAUACUCUUCCUCCCUGAAGGAAGAGAAUUUCUUACCAGCACGGAUGCAGUAAGCCGAGACUCUGCUGAUCGCACCAUUGUUGCGUGGGACUUCCAAAGUGCUGCCAAAAUCUCCAAUCAGAUUUUUCAUGAGCGUUACACUUGCCCAAGUCUGACCCUGCACCCAAAGGAGUCUGUGUUUGUAGCUCAGACCAACGGGAACUACAUGGCUUUGUUUUCUGCCCAGCGACCCUACAGAAUCAACAAAAAGAAAAGAUACGAAGGACACAAGGUGGAAGGAUUUGCAGUGGGCUGUGAAUUUUCUCCAGAUGGAACACUUUUGGUGACAGGAAGUUCAGAUGGCAAAGUGUUUUUCUACAACUAUCAUACUUCAAGGAUUAUUCGCACUUUGUCUGCACAUAAAGAAGCUUGUGUGAGUGCAAUAUUUCACCCAGUCCUGCCAUCACUCCUAGCAACAUGUGAUUGGGCUGGAGAAAUCAAGAUCUGGCAGUAACAAGCAGAGUUACUUUUUAGGAUGUCUCUCUCCUGUUAGUCUGUCAAAGGCUUAGGAAGCAAGCCAGAGUAUGGAAUGUGAAAUUCUGUUGGGAUGUGUUGUAAGCAGGAGAGAGACUGUUGUCUUUUCUUCUAUGACCUCUACGUUUAUGCUUUCAUAAUGCAGUUAAGAUGGUUUUGUGGUUAGCUGUUGAGCAAAGAAGUGGUACUACUCUCUCCCUCAACUCUGGGGGCUAACUUUUAACCCUUUUGAGUCAAUCUGCUGGUGCUCAUCCAGUCCCAUUCUACUUUGAGCAAGCACUUAAAUUUAAGAAAAUUGUUACUCUUCUUAUGCAUCUUUUCAAUGCAACUUUCUUAGAGCAGGGUUUAUCAUAGAAUCAUUUAGGUUGGAAAAGACCUUUAAAAUCAUUGAGUCCAAGCUUUAACCCAGUACAGCCAAGUCCACCACUAAACCAUGUCCUGUAGUGCCACAAAUCUGCAAAUCUUUUACAUACCUCCAAGGAUGGUGACUCCACCACUUCCAUGGGCAGCCUGUUCCAACGCCUGAAAACCUUUGGGUGAAGAAGUUUUUUCUGUUAUCCAAUCUGAACCUCCUCUGUCACAAUAUGAGACUGUUUCCUCUUGUCCUCACCAAAAGUAGAGGACAUACUAGAAUGAUGUUCAGAUCAGUUAACGUCUAUUCCAUCUUCCUGAGAUGUUUUUUCCCAGUUUUUUGUACUAGUUUAGGUGCCUCACCUGAUCACUGGAGGGGUAGAGAGGCAAUACUGUAGUUCAAGGCAAAAUAGCUUCUAAGCACAAGAAGGGGGAAGGUCACAGGGCAGGUGGGACUGCUUCUUCUGAUAAUGCACAGUCUAUUAUCAGCUCAACUUACUGUAAAAUGCCUUCUGAGAGUUCAGGGAAAGGUGUGACAGAUCGCUUGAACCUAAUUUUGAAGUCUGUACAUUUGUGUUCUUGAAAUCCUGACAUUUAAACUUGAGUUUUAA